AUGUCUACAGACAUCGGCUUUGGUGAACGAUUUCUUUCUCUGCGCGAUGGGCGUAACUUGGCGUACGCAGAAGCAGGAAAUCUGCACAGCAAGACCAUCGUUCUUUACUUGCAUGGGUUUUUCACUGUCGGGGAUGCGUCACAGACGUCUCCUGUGCUCCUGAGCAAGAAUGUUCAUUUCAUCACGCCCACCCUGCCUGGAUGGGGCAACACGUCACCUCCUACCCCGUCGACAUUAUACCACGACUGCCUCACAAGCGACAUGACCACGCUAUUGUCCCACCUGUAUCCUGAUUCAAACGGCAGUGACAUCAAACUGUACAUCGCAGGGGGCUCGUUCGGUACGGUGCCUGCGCAGAUGCUGUAUGGGGCACCGUAUGACAAAUUCCCAUUCGGCCGCUGCAUAUCAGGCGUGCUGUUGUUGGGCGCAAUGUCACCGUUUCGCUACCACAAAGAUUACGCCAAGUACAUGACGUGGGAGCACUAUUUCGUGCCCGGCCCCGUCUCGUAUUACAUUCCAUUCAAUCUCCUCACUCAUUUGGUGAAAUCCGUGUUGGCGAGAAAAAUGGCAACCAUAGAAGGUGCAGAGGCAAUGUUGCGGGAAAUUCUUUUUGACAGGAUGGAUCAGGCGGAGCGGGAGGUGUUUGCGCGGUGGAGUGAGGAACACGGAAAGAUACCGGAGGAUACGGUGCGGAACAUGGCAGAGAAUGUCGUGAAGAGCAUUUCCAAGUCUUGGGAGGGCUUUCUGCUCACGCCACCCCUUCUGCACUCGGAUUGGGGUUUCCGGCCUGAUGCUUUGGACGAGGAACACUCUCGUCCGCGUGUCCUGCUCACGGCGAGCAAGGACGAUCACAUGUCUCCGGUGGCCUAUGCACACUAUCUUGCUGCCAAUUACAAGAAUGCGCGGAUCAAAGACGUUGAUGGAGGCCAUUUAAGUAUUUUAUACCACAUGGACGAGGUAUGGGCAGAAUUUUUGGCUGACGAGCCAUAG